AUGUCUGGCCGGGGUAAACAAGGAGGCAAGGCCCGCGCCAAGGCCAAGUCGCGGUCUUCCCGCGCCGGCCUCCAGUUCCCGGUGGGGCGCGUGCACCGCCUGCUGCGCAAGGGCAACUACGCGGAGCGGGUGGGGGCCGGCGCGCCGGUGUACAUGGCGGCGGUGCUGGAGUACCUGACGGCCGAGAUCCUGGAGCUGGCGGGCAACGCGGCCCGCGACAACAAGAAGACGCGCAUCAUCCCGCGCCACCUGCAGCUGGCCAUCCGCAACGACGAGGAGCUCAACAAGCUGCUGGGCAAAGUGACCAUCGCCCAGGGCGGCGUGCUGCCCAACAUCCAGGCCGUUCUGUUACCAAAGAAAACCGAAAGCCAUAAGGCCAAAAGCAAAUGAUCCUGAUGCCAAAAUAAACCAAAGACAAAAGGCUCUUUUUAGAGCCACCCAAGUCUUCAAAAAAAGAGCUAAUACGCUAUCG